GGGAAACGGGGCGGGCUCUCUGAGGGGAGAAGAGGAUGCGUUGCCUGUGCACAAUUGGAGGGAGCAAGGACAGAAGCAGCAUUUGUUUGAGGGCAGAGAGAGAACCUGCAUGGAAUGGAGGAGAGCUAGAGCUACACCGUCGCUGUCGUCGAGCCUCCCACCACCUCCACCUCCACGGCUGCUCUGGAUUGUGCACUAAUGGGAGAGACUCAGAGGAGCUUUGUAAUGCCCGAGGGACCAGCUGUGCAUACCCACUGCCACCUCUGAUAUGAUGCUCAGAGCAGGUGGGGCAACCUAUCUCACCCUGCUGCUUCUGCCACCGCUGUUGUACUGCUGCCACCUGUGCCACUCGCUGCGGGUUCCAAAGCUCUCCUCGUAUGCAAAAGCAGAAGACAAGCUGAUAAAAUACCUCUUCAAAAACUACCAGAAAUGGGUUCGUCCAGUGGAAUACUUAAAUCAGACAAUCCAGGUGAAGUUUGGACUGGCCAUCUCCCAGCUAGUUGAUGUGGAUGAAAAAAAUCAACUCAUGACAACAAAUGUGUGGAUGAAACAGGUGUGGGCUGACAUGAAACUCCGAUGGAACCCUGACGACUAUCUGGGCAUCACAACUAUUCGAGUCCCCUCUGAUAGGAUCUGGCUGCCUGAUGUUGUUCUGUACGAUAACUCUGAUGGACAUUUCGAGGGGACUGUAACAAAAGCUGUUAUUAAGUAUGAUGGAACUAUAUUAUGGACACCACCUGCCAAUUACAAGUCAGCCUGCACCAUAGAUGUCACCUUUUUCCCGUUUGACCUUCAGAACUGUUCAAUGAAGUUUGGUUCCUGGACAUAUGACGGCUCUCAGGUGGACAUCAUUCUUGAGGAUUUCCAUGUAGAUAAGCAAGACUAUUUUGACAAUGGUGAAUGGGAGAUAGUGAAGGCCACAGGGAGCCGUGGUUUGAGAACAGAUGAUGGUUCUUCCUACCCCACUAUCACCUACUUCUUCAUCAUCCGCAGGCUGCCUCUUUUCUACACCCUAUUUCUUAUCAUCCCCUGCAUUGGCCUUUCCUUCCUCACCAUCCUUGUUUUCUAUUUGCCCUCCAACGGUGGUGAGAAGAUCUCUCUCUGCACAUCAGUGCUGGUGUCGCUUACUGUCUUCCUUCUGGUCAUUGAGGAGAUUAUCCCCUCCUCCUCAAAGGCUAUCCCCCUCAUCGGGGAGUAUCUGGUCUUCACUAUGAUUUUUGUGACACUUUCCAUUGUCAUCACCGUUUUUGCCAUUAACAUUCACCAUCGCUCUUCUUCUACACAUAACAGUAUGGCACCCUGGGUGAGGAGGAUCUUCCUGCAUCGUUUGCCCAAACUGCUCUGUAUGCGCAGCCAUGUAGACCGUUACGCUACAUCAGCAGGGGGUAGGGCGGGCGGUGCGGUAGGGUUUGGUAUGAAGGACUCGACGUCUGAGGAAACCCCUCUGCUCUACACCAGACAUAACCUGCAAGCAGCUCUGGAUUCUAUUCGCUACAUUACCAUGCAUGUGGUUAAAGAAAAUGAGGUGAGAGAGGUGGUACAGAACUGGAAGUUUGUGGCCCAAGUUCUGGAUCGAAUGUUUCUUUGGGCCUUUCUCCUAGUGUCAGUCCUGGGCUCUGCUCUCCUCUUCAUCCCUGUUAUUUACAAAUGGGCCAGCAUCAUUGUCCCUAACUAUGCUGGAAGUACCCUCUAAGCAUCUACUAUCCACAAAUGACGGCAAAUCCAGCUCACUGUGACUCUUUUCAGAGAUUAUUUGCUGUCUGCUCUCUUCAGUCAUUCUGUCAGCUACAACUCUGCCAGAGAUCAAGCUGCAGAUUUGAUGAGUGCAUCACACGGAGAUGUGUUUUAGAUGGAGCUGAAAUCCAUAUUUCCAAGUGUAAAGAUGAAUGGAAAUGACUAACUAAUGUACCAAAUCCAAUGCAUCCAAAUUUCAGUAUAAUUAUGUUAUCGACUACAACUGCUGGCAUCAUAGAAUAAAGAUUUAUCACUUAGUUUGGCUGAGAUUCAUAAAUUAAAAAUAUGUUUUUCUCACAGCAUCAUCAGGGUAUACUUCCUAUCGUACAGUUGUUAUGGUUAUGCAGUCUUCUAGGUGGUGGCAUAAAACCAGUGUAGCUCAGCUUAUUUUACACUAUUUCCAUAAAACUAUAUUAUAUGAAAGACAGUUAAAUAGACAAUGGAGACCUUUAUUCUCAUUUCACAUGCUCCUCUUUUCCUCCACUAUUUAUAGUAAUCGGAAACAUGAGUGCUUUGUUUGAGGGGCACAGCUGAAAUAAAAACGAAGGUUUAACUUUG